CCCUCCAGUGGCGAAAGCGUUCAUUAAAGACGUAACGUGUGCGUGCAUGUGUGUGUUUAUAAAGUUGUGGAGGAAUGGCUGAAACAGAGACGGAUGCGUAGAAGCCGCCCGCCUAUUGAAACGCGGGGGUCUUCAUCUCGAUCUAUCAGCAAAACACUAAAACUUAAAAACGAGCUGUGCAUUUAUGAUGACGUCAAUGGGGAAAUGUGCAGACGCCAUGCUGGACCCUCUGUUCAUUCAGGAGGGGGACGAAGGGUACAGAAACCCCACUGAGCUGAAGAUGAGUCAGAUCGUGCUGCCUUGCCACGCCAACCACUGCGGUGAGCUGAGUGUCGGACAGCUGCUCAAGUGGAUGGACUCCACCGCCUGCUUGUCUGCUGAGAGACACGCAGGUUGUACCUGUGUUACCGCAUCUGUGGACGACAUCCACUUUGAACACACCAUAGGGGUGGGAAAGGUGGUCAACAUCAUCGCAAAGGUCAACAGAGCCUUCACGUCCAGUAUGGAGGUGGGCAUAUUGGUGAAUUGUGAGGAUCUUUACACCGACAGGCAGUGGAAGGUCUGCCACGCUUUUGCCACCUUCGUCGCCCGACGAACCGAAGCUGGGAAGGUGCAGCUGAAGCAGGUGCUCCCUCGCACGCAAACGGAGCAGAUGGAGUACAGCCUGGCGGCAGAGCGGAGGAGGAUGCGGCUCAUCCACGCCGAGAUCAUCAACGACCUACUGAGCAGCAGCACAGCUCAGCUGGGGGAAUUCCAGGAGUUCCAGGGCGCCGUGCCGGCUGAGCGGACGCGGGUGGAGAGCGUGGAGCUGGUGCUCCCGCCGCAUGCCAACCAUCAAGUCAGCACCUUUGGGGGACAAAUCAUGGCCUGGAUGGAGAAUGUGGCCACGAUUGCAGCAAGUCGCUUGUGUAAAGCUCACCCAACCUUGAGGAGCAUCGACAUGUUCCAUUUUCGGGGCCCGUCUCACAUCGGCGACCGACUGGUGCUGAAAGCCAUCGUCAACAACAGCUUCAAGCACAGCAUGGAGGUGGGAGUGUGUGCGGAGGCCUACCAGGGCGGAGAACCUCUGCGUCACAUAAAUAGCGCUUUCAUGACCUUCGAGGUGCUGGACGCCGACCGGAAGCCGUGCACGAUACCGCGGAUACGACCCGAGCCCGUGGACGGGAAGAGACGUUAUCAAGAAGCUGUUGCCAGAAAGAAGAUUCGCCUUGAUAGGAAAUACAUUAUCUCCUGCAAGCAAACGGAAGUGCCCCUGUCUGUACCCUGGGAUCCCAGUAACCAGAUGUACCUGAGCUUCAAUAACGUAACAGCGCUGAAACUAAUGGAUACCAGAAACAACUGGGUCUUGACGUCUGAGAAAAACAAGGUCAGACUGUACACCCUGGAGGAAAACCACGUGUUGUGUUUCAAGGUGGAGAUGCACGUCAGCGUACCGGCAGAGCAGACCUUCCACCUUCUGUCCGACCUGAGGAGAAGGAAGGAGUGGGACCGCAUCUAUGAGGAGUGCGAGGUUAUCAUCCAAGCCGAUGAGGAAGACACCCUUUACCGCGUGGCGACCACAUCUGUCAGUAAAGGGGGCAAAGGCCAGGACUUUAUCCUCCUGGCAUCAAGGAGGAAGCCAUGUGACGCCAGGGACCCGUACCUGAUCGCUCUGCGCUCCGUCACCUUGCCCACUCACCUCCCAACGGAGGACUACACCAGGGGAGAGGUGCUGUGUGCCGGCUUCUCCAUCUGGGAAGAGUCCAGCGCUGUCACCAAGAUCACCUACUACAACCAGGCCACUCCGGGCGUCCUCCCCUACAUCUCCACCGACAUCGCCGGGCUGUCCUCCAGCUUUUCGAGUAUCUUUUCCGCCUGCAGGGACUUCCUGGAGGCCAACAAGGACAGCCCGGCUGCCCUGCCGCCCCCGGCGCUGUGACACCACGCGGCCGCCGUCGUCUCCCUUGCGCGAUGAGGAGGAGCUGGGGGGGGGGGGGGGGGGGCUUCUAAGGGGGGCCUGUGGUUGAAUGUAGGUGUCUCACCCAGAGAUGAGAGAACUCCUUUUUGCGUUUGUGGGCUUUAAACCUCAGUUCUCACUGUAAAAUGAGAGAAAUUGUCUUUUGGAAAGCAAAAGAAAUACAGUGUUUACAUUUUUGAAUGAACUUGUUUUCCAGCAAGAUCAAUAGGUAUGAAGCAAAAGUGCACAAUAGUCACUCCUGGAAUUUUAGCCUUAUGACUUUUAAUAGAUCUGAUUUAUUGCAAAGUGUCUGUGCUAUAUUAAUUCGUAGAGCGAUGGAUCAUAUUUUGGUUUAAGUAUUUACCACAAUCUUUGAAUCUGUUAUCUUGAAACAGUUGUACAAUGGUACUCACAGUUUUUUUUUUUUUUUGUAUAAGUUGAGAUUUUUCAAUCAACCUCUUUUGUUAUAGUUUAUUUUCUACCUCCCUACAUAAUGGUUUUUAAAUUAUUGUAUCGAGACUUUGAAUAACAGUAAGCCAAGGUGUACAUUUAGUGUGUAAUGAUGCUGUGUUGAGACAAUGAUGUAUAGUUUUAGAGGACAACUCUUGCACUGAUUUCUAAGUACUGACGUUAAAUGGCCAAGUAUCAUGUCAAGCUGUCUUGAUUGUAACUGAAACAAUAAACACUAUUGACCAGUGGA